UAGUUUCAAAACUGGUUUCUCUUGUUUAAAAUUUUGAAGUAAUGCUUGUAAUGAAGGCAGUUCUGUUUGCCUUCAUUUUCCAAAGUUUUUUGGCAGCAACGCUCUAUGCUGGUAGUACCGACUAUGAUGGAGAAUAUUAUUAUGAUUCUGAAGUUGCUGAAUCAGAUAGAGGCCAGUACAUUCCUGGCCAAGCCACUGGAUCGGAGUUGUCUGUAGAUCAAAAUGAGGAGACGCUUGUAGAGUCGGAUCCGCUUGACCAAGAAUUUGAGGGUGCACCAGAGGAAGGCUACCAACUGGAGCCGGGUGAAGAAACCAACAAGUUACUACAAUCAAUUUGUCAAACCAUUGAUUGUCAACAGCAACAUAUUCAGAAGAAUCCCAACAUUGCUUUUAAUGUGGCCAUUGAUAACAGGACAAUUAAGAAACUACAAAAUCGUUUAAGAAAUGAAGAUUCAAGGGAAAAUAGUGAUUAUGCAACAAUAAGGAAAUUUCUUGAUAGAAUUCAUAAUGGCAAUCAUCGCAAUGAUCAAGAGUUAGAUGAAGACAUGGCAAACGACGACGAGGGCAUGAUGUACCAUGAUGACAACCAUCUCAAUGACCAUGAGAUAGAAGAAAACCUACCAAGCGAAAACUACUCUCAGGCAUACGGUUAUGGAAACAAGCCACAUCGAAAGCAACACUAUCGUCAACAAGUUCCACGUUCCCAAAUGUAUCUUCAACCUGCAACUAGAAACCAUACCAAUGAAUUUCGACCGCAUCAAAAUCGAACCCGUGGGAAUACUUAUCCCCCUAGGAGAAAUGGCAAUGUACACAACCCCUCAAGAACUAAUACACCACGUCCCACAUUCCCCCGCAGAAGCAAUGUACCUACUAACAGCACUGUAACCAAAUCGAAUGGUACGUCUAGAAACAAUAGGACUCGUAACCCAACUAGGGGCACUAAUAGAAACGUUAACAGACCAGUGGUCAGUACACCUACUAAAGGUAGUACUCGCGCACCCCGGGUAAACAACCAACGCAAAACAAAUCGCAGAGCAAAUCGUCGACCAAAAACGGUAGCAAAAAAACUUGUAGCAAACAUUGCUACUAAUGAACAUAUGAAUCUAGAUAAUAGAGAUGAAACCAUUCAGAACAUUUUGGAAAAUAAAAGUUCUGAAUUAGAAAGCAAGUAACGCUGAUCUUUAACAAAAACAAAACUCAGUAAAAAGUUUUUAAGUUCGUACCUAAUCUUCAAGAUUUAGUGAAAUAAUUAAAACUUUUAGAAAAAUCUUAAAA